GUGAGGGAUCUCGAAGUGGAGAGAGGAGCACCACAUACCAAAGGGAAAUGCACAGGUCUUGUGGUUGGGAGGAUGUGAUGACACCAUCCCCCCCCUCCCCGCGCAGAAGGGAGCUCAGGGCUUUUAAAAAGCUGGAGGAAACAUCCUCUGAGCAAGCCGUGGCCCUGGUGGUAGGAGAGCACAACCCAGGACAAACAUAAAAGAAGCCAAACUGUCUGCUUCAAAGAGAAGAGGUGACAUCCUGCUGCAGAGUAUGCACUGGCAAAAAUCAUCUGCUCCUGAGCAGGCACCGGCGCCACCCCGACCUUACCAAGGUGUCCGUGUGAAGGAGCCAGUGAAAGAACUGCUGAGGAGGAAGCGUGGCCUUGCCAGCAGCGGGCUCACAGUGGCAGCAACCACGGUGGUGUUGCCCCAUCAACCCCUUGCAACCUAUGCCACAAUGGGACCAUCCUGCCUGGAUAUGGAGGUCCCUGCAUCCACGGUGACAGAAGAAGGCGCCCUGUGCACAGGCUGGCUCUCCCAGCCUGCUCCUGCCACCCUGCAGCCCCUGACACCGUGGACACCCUACCCUGAGUACAUGUCACAUGAAGGUGUCAGCUGCCCUUACUCUACUGAUAUGUACGUUCAGCCUGUGUGCCCCAGCUACACAGUGGUUGGACCCUCAUCGGUGCUGACGUAUGCCUCCCAGCCACUCAUCACCAACUUCACGACCAGGAAUGCCACACCAACAGGUGGGCCUCAGUUGGAGGGGACAGAGCACCAAGCACCUCUGACUUACUUCUCAUGGCCUCAGCCCAUUUCAGCUCUGCCCACUUCUACCCUGCAGUACCAGCCCCCAGCCCCUACACUGCCUGGGCCACAGUUUGUACCACUCCCCAUCUCCAUCCCAGAGCCAGUACCUCAGGACCUGGAAGAUACAAGGAGGGCAAUCAAUAAUCUGCCCAUAGAGAAACUACUCCUGGAAGAAGAAGAAAGCGAUACAUAUGUGAUGAAUCACACUCUGUCUGUGGAAGGGUUUUAAUAUCUGCUGUUUAGUUUAUUCCUGUCUAAUCAUUGAACAUAGGUCUUGUGAAUACACGUGGGAUUCGAUCUGACACAUUCUGUCUAGUGCUAAAGUUCUGGAAUCUUCGAGUUAGAAAGAAUUUUAAAGUCACUUUGUAGUAUCUUCCUUCCUUCCCUCCUUCCUUCCUUCUUCCCUCCAUCCUUCCUUCCUUCCUUCCUUCUUCCCUCCCUCCUUCCUCUUUCCCUCCCUCCUUCCUUCCUGCCUUCCUUCCUGCCUGCCUUCCUUCCUGCCUUCCUCCCCUCCUCUCCCCUCUCUCCUCUCUUUUCUAUUUUCAUUUCCUUCCCUUCCUCCCUCUCUUCUUCCCUAUCUGCCUGCUUGCUUUCCUGCCUUGUAGCCUUCUUCCCUCCCUUCUUCAUUUCUUUCCUCUUCCUUCCCUUCCUUUUUUCUCCAAAGAGCAUUAAAGAUUUUGGAGCCUUGGCAAUUUCUUUUACAUUUAUUCAAUUCAACCAAUCAAUCAAUCAACCAACAAGUAUUGAUCAAACACCUGCUAUGUGCCAGGCAUUGUGCUAGGUACUACAGACACAAACACAAAAAUGAAAUAAUCCCUGACUUCAAGGACAUUACAUUUUAUUAGGGAGUUUCUUGUGUCUCAUUUUCUCCCUUAGAAGAGGGCCCCUGGGACAGCUAGGUGGCGAAGUGAGGAGAGAACCGGCCCUGGAGUCAGGAGGACCUGAGUUCAAAUGUGACCUC